CGGUUGGUUCAAGACAGCUGCGUUCGGCGAUAGCUUUGCGUUUCUCGUGGGCGCUGCGCUAAGUGGUAGCUGAGGCGUUCGGAUUGCAGAGCGCUGGCGGCUCUGGGCAGCGGGAGUAACUAAGCUCGGAGAUUCAUUGGCGCAAGUGGCGGUCGAGUGCCAGCUACCAGUUAACAUAGCAGUUAUUUCUCCAGUGCAGUAUAUAUACCAAGAACCCUGACACUGAUUGUGGAAAUACAGCUGUUAAAAGAGUGAAACCAGCAGACUUUGAGGAGCUCCUGCUGUGAAACUGAUCUAACUUGGCACAGCCACAAAUCAGAACUGAAGAGGUGCAGCAUGGCUCACAACUGCCUGCAGUGCAUUAAGUACCUCAUGUUUGUGUUCAACCUUCUCUUCUGGCUGGGAGGCUGUGGGAUCCUUGGAGUUGGCAUAUGGCUAGCUGUUACCCAAGGGAACUUCGCGACCCUCUCUUCUUCCUUCCCUUCCCUGUCAGCUGCCAACCUGCUGAUCAUCACGGGGACUUUUGUAAUGAUCAUUGGCUUUGUGGGGUGCAUAGGAGCCAUCAAAGAAAACAAGUGCCUCCUGCUCAGUUUUUUUAUCAUGCUGUUAAUUAUAUUUGUGCUGGAGCUCACUGUCGUGAUUCUCUUCUUCGUCUACACCGACAAGAUUGAUAAGUAUGCUCAGCGGGACCUGAAGAAAGGGCUUCAUUUGUAUGGAACUGAUGGAAAUAUUGGCCUAACUAAUGCAUGGAGCAUCAUACAAACAGAUUUCAGAUGCUGUGGAGUGUCAAACUUCACUGACUGGUUUGAAGUGUACAAUACCACACGGGUGCCUGAUUCAUGCUGCUUGGAAUUCAGUGAGAAUUGUGGUCUUCAUUCCCCAGGGACCUGGUGGAAAGCUCCUUGUUAUGAAACAGUGAAAAUAUGGCUCCAGGAAAACCUGUUAGCAGUGGGAAUUUUUGGAUUGUGUACAGCUUUGGUUCAGAUUCUCGGACUUACAUUUGCAAUGACCAUGUAUUGUCAGGUUGUCAAGGCAGAUACCUACUGUGCAUAGAAAUAAUAUUCUGUGUCUGGCAGCCGUGGCUUACCUCUCCACAAGAUGAAAGAGGACUCUUCUUCAUGCUCCGUCAUAUUUUUUUUCUAUGUAAAAUAAACUGUGUAUAAUCUUCCUUGGAAAUUUUGUGAAUCAACUUAGUUUGUCACCAUUAUAUAAAAGGAACUCAGACUUGUUUGGACAAAAGAAAAUAGUCUCAAAGUAACAAGAAAGCUAAGAAAGAAAGAAAAAAUGCUCCCUUUUGCACAGACUGUGGCAAGUGUGAAGAGGCUGCUUAUUUUAUUUUCCUGGCAGCUGUUGGCAGAUAGAAGUUUUCCAGCAUGGUGAAUCCUCAGCAAAUUCCUGGAAAUAUAGAGAAUCAAGUUAUAUGUCAACAUGAGUGUAGAGGAUGUGGAGUCACUUGGAAGUUUUGUUUAACUGCAAUUUGUCUUUAUAGACAGCCAGUGUGUUGGAUCACGGGACACACUUCUGAACUCAACAUUUUACCAUGGAGUAAGACGCCUUCAGGAAAGUUUCUAUUUAAAGAAGUUGUUUCAGUCUCAUGCUCUCUGAAUCUGUUCAGAUAUGCAAAAGGGUCUUACCGUGGCCUAAGUGUAGGUCCGUAAGCGGAAAUUGGGUUGUUUUGCAGACUAAAUCCGUAACAGCACACAAAUGGUAAUGUGUAGUAAUUUAUACAACGUAUAUAUAUUCAUCAGCCAAGCAUUCUAGAGAAAAGUAGUCUAGCAGGUGCCUAUAAAAGUAGGGGGGAAAGGGUUCUCUCCUAUAUUCAGUGGGACCAUGCAUUUAUUCAAAAGCAAUUAGUGGGAUAUUAUUUCUUGGAGGAGAUAUUUGGCCAUUGGGAAACACUUCAGAGAAAUCUUCAGCAAAGAGGAAGCAAGUCAUUGUCUUUCUAUCAUUGCCCUCUGGGUUUCUUUUAAAUGCCAUUCUGGUUUCAACUUAUUUUGUCUCACUCUUUUCCAUGCUUGAAGUCCCAUGAAGAGCUGUCAGCUGUUUGUCACUAAUGUGCCAUUUCAUUAAUUUGCUCCCUUAAAAUUUCAUCAUCAGCUAGGAUGUUUACCUUCUUGAGUUGGUUUUUUGAGCUUAUAACCGCUGUUAAAAGAACUAAAUCAAAUAAUCUCUAGAUCGAGAAAGUAAGUUUGCACAUAUUUUCCACUAACCAAGGUGGCCCUAUUGAUGGUUUGGAUGUUGCAAAAGAAAAAGAUGAAAUUUUACAUAGGCACAUCUCUAUAAGCUUUUGUCUGUUAAAGGUAUAGGUUAGCAGAUACACUAAAGUAAUCUAUGCUAUUUUGCAGAAUAUUCUCUCUGCUCACCACUAAACACCCAGACCCAGGUGCUCAUGUGGCAUGUUGGGUCAGCUCUAUGCUGAGAAACUGCAUUGUGUGACAUUUUUGUGAGCAAAAAUAGCAGUGUUAAUUCUGCUCAUCACUAAUAAGACUAAAUUAACAUGUAACACAAAGUUUUUAGUAUGUAAGCAAGCAUCAAGAGAAACAAUGUGCUGGUGUGAGCAUGCUCUAACCCAGUUUGUUAGUUCACACCAUGUAUGCUCUGGUUACACAAUAAAUGGACUAUGAGGCCAGCUUGCAAGCCCUAUUUUUACACCUGGAAUUCCCCUUCCUGAUUGACUCCCCCUUGAAGAAUUGAGGGGUAUUAAUAUGGCCUUCCAUUCUUCCCACCUUCUUAUACAGCUGCUCACUGGUGCUAUUCUGUCUCUAAUGGGGGCUAUGAACAUGCAGCUGUAGAUUGGAGCAUAUAGGACUAUGCAAAUUAAUUUCCCCUAUCUAUAAAUCUGGAAGAUGUCAUCAGUUAGAUUAAGUUCAAAUGGUAUUCAUAGAUUAUUUUUCUCAUUCGAGUGACUCUUUGUGUACAGAGAGUCACUCAGUAUAAAGUUAACAUAAAAUAAACUGUUAAAUAGUCCACUGUGCGCUUAACACUGACAACUUUCUUUAGAGCUUAUAGAACACAAGAACAGAUGUCUGGAAAAGGGUGAGCGGGGCACACAACCAACACGGUUCCCAUGCCAGAAUAAACUGCUUCUCCUCUACUCCCACAAGGAACAACCAACCUGCUGCUUGCAGCAGGUACAGCUGUGCACAAGGACCAUUGAUAAGAGAUGCUAGGUCAGCUCUGCUAGAAAGGUACAUUUUGCAGAAAGGAAAAAGAGGCAAAACAGUUCAGCUAUUUGAUACACCUCCCCAGAGUAGGCAUUCUAAUGACAAAUAUAUCAAGUAUGUGUAGAGCGCAGAAGUUAAAGCAGAAUAUGCAAAUAUUUUUCAAGAGCCUGCUGUAUUCCAAUUUAACUAUCAUGGUUUUCCCCAAAGAAUUGAAAGGAAUUGUAAUUUGGUGAAUGAACUUAACAUUGUCUUAGAAAUCCCUAACAUGCCCUUCCUCCAAAUCUAGACUUCUCGUGAGUCCCUGAGGACAAGGCAAUAAUUAUUAAAAGAGUUUAAAUCUGUAGCAUAGCCAACAGGAAAGGUCCUUAGCUCAGUGACAGAAGGCAUGGUUUUCAUGCAAAAGGCCCCAGGUUCAAUCCAUGGCAUCUCCAGGUAGGGCUGGGAAAGAUCCCUUUUUGAAAUCCUAGAGAGCCACUGUCAGUCAGUGUAGACAAUACUGAGCUAGCUGGACCAAUGGUCUAAGAAAGCAUCCUAUGUUCCUAAGACUUGGUUGCUACAGAAGACUGAGGGACGCAGUCCCUGCUAACUGUAAAUUGCUUCAACACAGAAAGAAUGCUAAUGGAGAACUGGGAGAGGAAAUGUGAAGAUCUGGCAACAUAAUGGCCAUGUUGAGAGAGUCUUGAACGUUCUUCUCUUGUACAUCUAAGCGCUAUUGCUGACACCACAGCUAGGAUAUAGCAAAAUAAAACAUGAAUUAUAGGAGUGGCUCUGAACUUGGCCCAAUAGACGUCCACAAUUUAAAAGUUUUUGCAUCAAAGUAGGACAUAUCUCCUAAGUGAACAAGGAGCCAGAAGCAAGUUAAGAAGUGCUCACAGUUAUAGGAAACAGAUUCUAUAAUAAAAACUAGUAACCAUUUUUCCCUGUGCAUCUUAAAUCUUUCUCACUACCCCUUGUCCUUACUAUAACUUGUGUGAGCUUUGAAUAAUUAAGGCCUCAAGCAACAGCAUCUAUUUCUGUCUUUCUAUGGAAUUUGCUUCCUUCCCUCCCCCCCCUUCGCACCUUUUUUCUUAUAGAUGAGGAGAUUGAAACUUGGAGUUCCAUUGCUGGUAGUUGCUGUCAUGGUUCAUUACCACUGUUGUAUUGACCAGCAUUCCUAUUGAUAGCUUGUGGAUUCGCAGAAUAAUGGAGUGAUGGAACACAUUAAUAAAACAUUGGUUCUAAAAAGAUUAAAGACAGAUAAAAUCUAUUUAUGGAGGUCCCCAUCAGCAAAAGUUAACACAGAAGUCCGGCAGGCUCAGCAAAUAAAAACAUAGAAGUUGUGGAUCUCAGUUAAUCAUUUUAUAAUGUUGUCUCCAAAAAGGAGGGAGCUAGUAUUGCCAAAAAAAGUUACAUGUUAAUGCUCUUUCUGGAAACUGCAGAUCCACUGAAUGGAUGCUGUAGUACUAGUGGACUGUUUGGAAAUUUAGAUGAACAGCCCUGUUGUUCUUCCACUGAAUUCCUGCCAUCCAUCACAGAGGUGUAGGGAUUGCCAUUUCUCUACCAGCAACAAGUCAUGUAAACUGUGCAAUACCCAGAGGGCUACCCUUAAGCAGUAGCAAUCUGUUAGCAAAGAGCAUUAUCUUGUCCAGAGUGGAUUCUCAUGCUUCUUGGUUUAUGGUUCAAAGGGGGCUUAUGGUCCUGCUAGGCAUUAUGGAACAGACAGAGAAGUCAAAAUGAUGAAUGCACAUAUCUUUGCCAUACUGUGUGCCUAUUGUGUGUAACUAAUAGACUUUUUCCAAAGAUGCUAAAGAGAGGUUGACCACAUUGGUGACAUUAUUUAAUUAGAAGCAGCUCUCUGAGCACAACACUGCCAACCUUGGUGCUAAGGCAAAUACUGGCUGCAUGUAGCCUAGAAACUGACACAAUUAGAAAAAAAAGGUGCUCAUUCAACAACAGUCACCAAAGCUAGGAAACUAGAUCUAACCUACAGGUUACACACACACUGCAACAAACUCUUGCUGUAUUAUCUCAUCCACUGUGUCCCAUUAACCUGCCACUCGUCCUCCACUUAACUCCUCCAGUUUUUUUUUUAGAUGAGGAAAAUAAUUUCAUUCCUGAACAAACCAUUCCCUUGCUGAUGAAUCCACAAUAAGCAACACACUCAGUUUGUAACAACUCCUUCCUGUACACAUGUCCCACUCAACUAGUUUGUUAGUAACACACACAUUCAGAGCAGCAUGUAAGAAGCCAGUGCAGUUGUUUGCUUUUGAUAUACAACAUGACCAAAGUCAGUGAAGGUCCAGGUGUUGAGCCUGCCCCUUGAUAUAUAGGUUUGAGUCCUUGGUGCUUAGUUUCUGGUCCAUGGCGCUAGAGCUUAAUCGUAACCCUGUUGAAGUAAACACAAAUUAGGAUGUGGGUUUACAUUUCCGUCUAGCAUUUGUUGAGACAGUGUUGUCUUGUGUCUGCUAUGAAUAUAACUGAUGCAAUGUGUGCUUUAAAUAUACUGUAAAAUAACUAUUGAUAGCUGCCCAGUUUUGUUAACUGUUGGAAGGGGACGAGAAGGAUUAUUCAGCUCCCUACCACACAGAGUUAAUGACAGAUUACUGAUCUACAACUACACCCUAUGACUCUUGCUUUAACUUUCUUUUAGUUCUAUUGCUGUUUGGCCACAAUAUUUGCACAGAAUAGCAACAAAGUGAAUUUGCCAUAGAUGCUAUGGGCAGAUACGCACCUUAUAAACAGGAAAAGGCUUCUUUGGAAGAUUGUGCAAUGUUGUCUCAGAGGUUCUCAGGCGGAGGCUUGUAGAGUAAAAGCUUUUAUAUAUAAUGGGAUAGGUUCCUGCAUGUGAAAAACAUACUGCUGUAAUCUUCACUUCAUGGUUGUGCAAUACCCAUAGCACAAAGAGGAAGGGCAAUAGUAGUGGAACUGAGUGUGUGUUAAGAGCUAAGGUUUACCCACACACUCACACACACAAUGACAUGCGGGCUGAUUUUAUGUGUUUUUAUUCAGAUAAACGUCCCAUAGAACUCAGUGGAACUUGGUCUCAAGUAACUGUGCGCAAAGUUGUAGCCUUAGGCACUUUUGCACAUUAAGUGAGACAGACCUAGGUUUGACACCUGAGUGUGUGCUUUUCCCCUAUCUUAAAAAGAAAAGGGGAAAAAUAGCAGAGAAACAGUAGGAAGGGAAGAGAAAUAGGAUCUGCUAACCCUUUCCUCUCUGGUCACUUUGCUUCUCUCAAAAUUGUCACCCUCUCAGCUGCUCUUCUUCCCACAGGUGAAACUGUGGAUUUUCCAUUAUAAAAGGAAAAAGCAGCUUGAGGAAUACCCCUCCCCCUGCUAUUCUUCCAUCAACUCAUAGCCUCCCAAGGCUAUUUUGCUGCUGCUGCUUCCUUUAAAUAAAAAGGCAGGCAAAAGCAGCAUCUGAUUCCAGAUCACAUCCAGUUUAGCCCAGAGAAUUACAGCAGCCCUGCCUUAUAGAGUGUAUACUAAUCCAAUAUACAUGUUUGCAAACAAGGUUGUCACAUUCCCAUUGCAGUAUACAGUGGGGCCCCGCUUUACAGCGUUCCGCUAAUACAGCAGUUGUGAAUUGUAGAAAGGCCUCGCUUUACAGCGCUUGUUCCGCUUUUAUGGCAUUUUUUUGCAGCCAGGCGCCAUUUUGGUCAAUGUAAGUCAAUGGGAUCCGCUUUACAGCGGUUUUAGCUUUACAGUGGGGGUCCGGAACGUAACCCGCUGUAUGAGCAGGGCCCUUCUAUACACCUGAAACAAUGUGUGAAGAAGCCCAGAAAUCACACCGAUGUUGUGAUUUCAGCUCCUUGACAUCUACACCAUAUACUUUUGUAAAUGUUGUGCUCUGUUUUGCAAAGCAUUUUCAACUUAUGUAGCUUUAUUUCAUUUCAGGUUCAAUUUUGAAUAUAAAUUCUUCUCAGUGUUACCUGUUCCUGUUCAUUGUAGCUUUCCUUGGUUUCUUGGCUAUUACAACAAAAAGGAAUGGUAUAUUUUCAUGCACCUCAUAGGAAGAAAAAAAGCUAUACGUUAUUUUUUAAAACAUUAAAUAUUCUUUAAAGUUUACAGUGAAAUGUGUUUUGUAUUCUUUAAUAUGUGUUUAUAAAAUGAUACUAUAUACUGUCAUAUCUAAAAUCACUUUGAAGUUUUAUUUAUGUGGAAAAAAUACAUGGCACAUUUCUCUAUUCAUAAGUUUUAAUUCCUAUUUUUUGCAUGCACAGGGAUAGUGGGGGUGGGGGCUAGCAAAACUGGCAUUGCUCUGUACAAGGACAGCACUUCAUGAUACACAAUCGGUGAUUCGAUUUCAUGACUAUAAAAAACAAAUCAUGCAAACUUAGUUACUAUUGCAGGAAGGAAAAUGCACUGUCAUGACCCUAUUAAAAAUUCAUCAACACUCCAUUAAUAAAACUGUUUUAUAACUCCCCUGCCCAGGCCCAGUGCUGGCAUUGGUAUGGCAUAGUUGCCAUAUUUUAGAUGCCUAGUUUCAACUGAAGAGCAUAGUGAUUUUAAUAGGCUUUCUCAUGGAAUAUUUCAGGAACCUAAAGAUGCUGGCAUUUUAAAGAAUGUCAUGCCUGCAAACCUAUACACAUAAAAAGAUCAGUUUUAAAGAUAUAACCAUCCAAGUAGAAUGUAGCUCUGCAAAAAAUAAAAAUGACUGAACUUAGCAGAUUUUAUAUAUCAGCCUUUCCCAACCAGUGUGCCUCCAGAUGUUGUUGGACCACAACUUCUAUCAGCCUCAGCCAGCAUUGCCAUGGGAGUUGUAGUCCUGCAAGAUCUGGAGAGCUAAAGGUUCUCCAUCCUUGUUUUAUUUAUACACACACACACACAGAGUUUUAUAUAUUAUAUAUGAGCAUUAUUUGAGUGUACUAGAUUUUCAUUUCCUAAAUACUGAUCCAAUAAAUAAAUAACGGUUUUCCACCUGGGGAACUCUACUCUGGGGAACACAAAAGGCCAUUGAUGGGGAGGAGGACCUCAUAUGUGAAUGACCGAACAGAUGAUCAGCACUAUUGGCUCUGAUAAAGCUGGUCACUUUGGAAGGAAGGGUGGGAAUGCAGGUCCCUGCAUUGUUCUGCCCGUGAUCACAUGUCAGAGGAGACCAUGCAAAUCACCUGUUUGGCAAGAGACUUGGUUGUGCUCAGUCAAACAUCUCUGACUCAAGGCCCACAACUGAUUGGGUUUUCCACCCAAGCUUGUAUUCAAGUGUACUCUUAAAAGUUCAUUGUCACACCACCACAGAAAAAGUUGUAAACAUACAUAAUUAGGUUGGGUAUUGGUGGCAACAUACCUGCUAUGGUAUGCAGACAAGAGUUUCCAUUUCAAAGCAGCCUUACACUACUAGUGAUAAAGAACACCAGUGAUGUCUAUGCUAUGUCACAGGAACAUAGGAAGCUGCUUAAUGCUGAGUCAGGGUGGUAGUCCAUCUCGCUCAGUACUGUCUGCUUUGAUAGGCAACAGCUCCAGAGUGUCAGAUGAGGAACAUUGAACCUGGAUUCUUCAGCAUGCAAAGCAGAUGUUUUGCUAUUGAGUCAUAGCCCUUCCCCUCACUUCGAUUUACAUCAGCAGUUUCCCUUCCCAUAGACGUUCCACUGGUGGUAAUGGUAACCAGGAACUAAUUCUAGGUGGUGGGGGGAGGGGAGAGAAUACUUGCCAUUGUUUUAAACACAACAGGUAAUUGAAAACAAGGAUGUAAGAAAUAAACAAGUUAAGCACUGAUGCACACAGUGCGGCAGCCAUGUAUGUUUAACAUGCAGUAUUAACACAAUGAUCAAAUUAUUUUGACCAAUACAAUUAUUACAGAUAUAAAUAGGAUGUGAACUGGAAAGUGAUGAGAUACAGAAGUCACACAGCCCAUAAGUUCUGCUUUCUAUUUUACAAUUUUCACUUAAAGGAAAGUUCCUUCAUGUUGCUUCCAUGAUCUCAUUGGGAGUUUUAAGUUUUUAAAAAAAUCUUAUAUAGGCAAUGACCAGAAGCAUUCACAUACGAUUUCUUUUUUUUUUUACAAUAAUUUUUAUUCAAAUUUUCAUAAAACAUACAAAACAAAAUCAUAAAACAUUCAAAGACAAAAAACAAAACAAAAAUGAUUAAACAAAAAAAUAAAAUGUUGACUUCCCAUUUGUCGCAGAUCAAAUCAGUUAUAGGUCUACAAUAUAUAACAAUCCUGUCUCUUAAAUUAUAUUAUAAAAUCACU